AUGUCUGGGGUAAAAGGAGGACCAUGUGGCCAAAAAAUCCAGUGCCAGGAUCCUUGCAAGAACCCAUGCCAAGACCCCUGCCAAAAAGUACCUGUCUGCGUAGAUCCAUGCCAAGACCCAUGUAAACCAGGACUUCAGCAACAAGGUUAUUUCUACAAACAAGAUCCCUGCAACCCCUGCUGUCCAGACCCUUGCCAGGACCAAGGAACCUAUUACUCUAAUAAAUGAAGAUGUCACAAAGCAAUUCAGACUGUCUUCCUCUUCGCCCACAAGAUCUUAUAUAAUCAUCUUCUUUGACAUAACAUCUAUAAAUUGAACCUUGGUUGAUGUUUGUAAUUAGACUGCUGCUAAAUAAAAUGC